CAGCCUCACUUUUUUGCUCCUUCACGGUUUCACAUCUAUAAUAGCCUUAUAUAUAACAUACAAAAUCUAACAUGGACUCUUGAAGAAAGGCAGAGUUAUUGCCAUUGCCUCUGCCUCUUGCAACACCAAACUGAUACACACUUAAUAAUAUUAUAGUAAAAAUUAGCCACCAAAGUACACUAACCCCUUUUUUCAUACAACUCAAUAGCUGGAUUGGAGCAAGGUGAAAGUAAAAUCAUUUGCAACCAAUGCCGUUGAACAUAUUUCAGGACAAAGAUGGAUUGCCACGGAUUAUAUUGACUGAGCCAAAGGGUUCAUCAGCUGAGGAUUUUGAGAAAGUUUUUCAUAUUCUGGACUUCAUUAAUAAUCUAUGGCCAUCUGAAGCAGUGAGUGCUAACAUCUUAUUAGAUCUUCUGAGUACAGAAUCUAUGCUUAGGCAGGUUCUUCUUUAUGGAGGGCAGAUUAUUUCUUGGAAGAAUCAUCGAAAGGAAGAACUUCUUUUUAUGAGCAGUAAGGCUAACAAGAAACAGCAUAAAGCAAUCAGAGGAGGAAUAUCAGCUUGCCUAGCACGGUUUGGUGAUCUCAGUUCACUUGAACAACAUGGAUUUGCAAGAAACAGGAUGUGGUCAUUGGAUAGGGACCCUUCACCUCUUCCUCCCUUAGACAAUCAGUCAUCUGUGGAUCUAAUAUUGAAGUCAACAGAAGUUGACUUAAAGACACCCUGUAGUUUUGAGUUCCGGCUUCGCAUCUCUCUCAAUGCUGGCAAGCUAAUUUUGAUUCCACGAGUCAGAAACACUGCUAACAAAGCGUUUUCUUUUUCCUUUACACUAUGCAACUAUUUAUCUGUAUCAGAUAUCAGUGAAGUGCGUAUUGAGGGAUUGGAGACACUGGAUUACUUUGACAAUCUGUUGAACAGAUCAAGGUUCACAGAGCAGGCAGAUGCACUCACUUUUGAUGGAGAGAUGGACAGAGUGUACUUGCAUAGCCCAACUAAAAUUGCCAUCAUAGACCAUGAGAAAAAAAGAACUUUUGUACUCCAGAAGAAAGGAAUGCCAGAUGCAGUGGUAUGGAAUCCCUGGGGUAAGAAGGCCAAGGCUAUCCCUGAUUUGGGAGAUGAUGAUUACAAGAUCAUGAUGUGUGUGAAUUCUGCAGCUAUCGAUACCCCUAUUCUCUUGAAGCCCUCUGAAGAGUGGAUGGGAUAUCAGGAACUCUCUACGGUUUCAUCAAGCUAUUGCAGUGGACAAUUGGAUCCUCGCAAGGUUCUUUAUGGCUUUCAUUGACCUAGUUGAUGCAGUCAAUGGAGAUUUAUGUGGUCUUUAGUAUACAUGCACUUGCUUGUCUACUUAGUAGGCUUACAUUACCCUAAAGACAGAAAUUAGCUGUGCAUGAAUGUGAUGCUGAUCAUAAUUCAUAACAUAACAAAGGCCUCAGCAAUAUAUAUGGACAUCUAUUUUUGCAACUUAACAAUAAUUGCUUGGUGUCAUGCCAAUUCUUACAAUAUUAUCCAUCAGGUUGAGAGUCAAGUUGCUUCGUUAUUUUUGCAAUGUGUCUGUGAAGUUCCAAUGAUAUUCUUCUACAUAGAAACAAGAUUUUGUUAUGAACAUAUCUUUAUUGAGCAAUGGCUCAGAGUGCAGUAUUUGAGCUAGCUAGUAUUUUAUCUACUUAAAAUCUUGAAAGUUGGAACAAUUCUUGUAAUGAUCAGAAGAGCUUAAGCACAGAAAGACGCCAAUUUUUUGUUUGAAAUCCUUUUCAAGACAAUCUUCCCCUAGAUACAUGUGGCUGUAGGCCAUUACUAUGCACAGAAGUUCACGAUCAAACUUCUUGACUUCCUUGGCCAUCACUGAAUUUCAAGGAACAUGGAACUUUUUCAUUUUUUGGAUCUUCAUUUUUCGUUUGGAGAAUCUAUAAAUUUUUAGGCCCUAUGAUCAAGAACAUGUUAUUGUAUUGUAUUGUAUUACUUCAUCUCCUUGUAUACACUGAUAAAAUCUACUUGUUAUAUUAUGGCCCGGGGAUUAUAGACGCAACGAGGGAUUGGUUACUGGUUCCAAUUGUGUUUUGAAUUACUGGAGCUUAAGUUUUAUUUUGUUAAAUUUG